CUCCCAGCGGACUCCUCGAGAAAGACAAAGCCUUCACUCCACUUUCAGCCCACCUACCACCUCACAAGAAAACUGAAAAGCACACUGCGAGAAAGCUAUUUCCUUUUCUUAGACGUCAGUUAUCAAACACUUGUCUUUCUCUCUCGAUCUCUUUCUCGAUCUCAUAAUUACUUUGAACGUCAAUGGCCUCUGCAAGCUUCGCUAAGCUAAACGCAGCGUCGUCCGCUUGGAUCGGCCAACAGUCCUUUGGUCAGCGACCUGGAUCUUCCUCCGCUCGUCUUACCACUCGCCGAGUCUCCCUUCCGAUCCGCGCCAGUUCUUACAAGGACGAGCUUGUUCAAACCGCUAAAUCCAUUGCAUCACCUGGUCGUGGCAUCCUCGCCAUUGAUGAAUCUAAUGCAACUUGUGGAAAGAGGUUGGCAUCUAUUGGCCUAGACAACACUGAGGUCAACAGGCAAGCAUACAGACAACUGUUGCUGACAACUCCUGGCCUUGGUGAAUACAUUUCUGGUGCCAUUCUUUUUGAGGAAACACUCUACCAGUCUACAACUGAUGGAAAGAAGUUUGUGGAUUGCUUGCGCAAUGAGAAUAUUGUACCUGGUAUCAAAGUUGACAAGGGCUUGGUACCUCUUCCAGGAUCAAACAAUGAGUCUUGGUGCCAAGGCUUGGAUGGCUUGGCCUCAAGGUCUGCUGAGUACUACAAGCAAGGCGCACGUUUUGCCAAGUGGAGGACAGUUGUCAGCAUUCCCUGUGGCCCUUCUGCUCUGGCUGUUAAGGAAGCUGCCUGGGGUCUUGCACGUUAUGCUGCAAUUUCUCAGGACAAUGGUCUAGUGCCCAUAGUGGAACCUGAGAUUCUUCUUGAUGGGGACCAUGGAAUUGAGAGGACACUUGAAGUUGCAGAGAAGGUAUGGUCAGAAGUCUUUUACUACUUGGCAGAAAACAAUGUCGUGUUUGAAGGUAUCCUGCUUAAGCCUAGCAUGGUAACACCAGGAGCUGAACACAAAGCGAAGGCCCCUCCUGAGAUCAUAGCCAAAUACACUCUCACAAUGCUCAAGAGAAGAGUGCCUCCUGCAGUUCCUGGAAUCAUGUUUCUGUCGGGAGGACAAUCUGAAGUGGAAGCAACACUAAACCUCAAUGCAAUGAACCAAAGCCCGAACCCAUGGCAUGUGUCCUUCUCAUAUGCACGUGCACUGCAGAACACUGUGCUUAAGACAUGGCAAGGGCAUCCGGAGAAUGUGGAAGCCGCACAGAAGGCACUUUUGGUACGGGCCAAGGCAAAUUCCCUGGCUCAACUCGGAAAGUAUUCUGCUGAGGGUGAAAGCGAGGAAGCUAAGAAGGGAAUGUUCGUUAAGGGAUAUACCUAUUAAGCAGCAUUUCAAGGAUGGCCAUGCUUCUUGACUUGUAUCAGGGUGUAUUUUAUAUUUCUUACAUGUUAGUACUCCUUGCUGAGGAAAUAUAGCAUUAGAUAAGCCUUUUGAUUUUCUUUCCCUCCAGUUUUUAAAGACUUAGAGGCUUGAAUAAUACCCGGGGAAAGAAAGAAAAGUUUUUUGCAAACUGCUGCCUAUGAAGUGAUGGGUUUAGUGAGAUAAAUAUUUAAUAACAUGUAUGCUUAUCUUCAUUAUUAUUUUUCAAUUUCCUUA